CACUUGCCGGCGACCAGCUGAUUGGUUAUAAUUGUAAUUUCGUGCAUUAAAAUAUGGUUUGCGCGUUGGGAAUCGAAGGAAGUGCCAAUAAAAUCGGAAUUGGCAUUAUAAAUGAUGGCAAAGUCUUGGCAAAUGUGCGACGCACCUAUAUAACGCCACCGGGUGAAGGUUUUCUGCCCAAGGAGACAGCAAAGCAUCAUCGCGAAGCAAUCUUGGCACUGGUGCAGGCGAGUCUCAAAGAGGCCGAGCUGCAGCCCAGUGACUUGGAUGUCAUAUGCUACACAAAAGGACCCGGCAUGGCGCCCCCUUUGCUCGUCGGAGCAAUUGUGGCACGCACUCUUUCGCUGCUGUGGCAGAAGCCAUUGCUGGGCGUUAAUCACUGCAUUGGUCAUAUUGAAAUGGGCCGCUUGAUAACUGGCGCACAGAAUCCCAUAGUGCUGUAUGUGAGUGGCGGCAACACUCAAGUGAUUGCCUAUUCCAAUAAACGUUAUCGCAUCUUUGGCGAAACAAUCGACAUUGCUGUGGGCAACUGUUUGGAUAGAUUUGCACGCAUUAUUAAGCUAUCAAACGAUCCCAGUCCAGGCUACAACAUUGAGCAAUUGGCCAAGCAAGGCAAACAAUAUAUAAAACUACCCUACGUGGUAAAGGGCAUGGAUGUCAGCUUCUCCGGCCUGUUGUCACACAUUGAAGAACUGGCCGAACCCAACAAGAGGCGCAACAAACGCAAAAAGCCAACGGAUGAAGCGGAGAAAGAGCCGGAGUACAGUAAGGAGGAUCUCUGCUAUUCGCUGCAGGAGACCAUCUUUGCCAUGCUGGUGGAGAUCACAGAACGUGCCAUGGCACAUUGUGAAUCUAAUGAGGUGCUCAUUGUGGGAGGCGUUGGUUGCAACGAGCGAUUGCAGGAAAUGAUGCGCAUCAUGUGCGAGGAGCGCGAUGGCAAACUCUUUGCCACUGACGAACGCUAUUGCAUUGACAAUGGCUUGAUGAUUGCCCAUGCUGGGGCGGAGAUGUUCAAAGCGGGCACCAAGAUGCCUUUCGAAGAUGCAUUCGUGACACAAAGAUAUCGCACAGAUGAAGUGCUUGUUAAUUGGCGAGAUGAUUAAACCAUUUGGUAUGCUUUA